AUGACCCAAGAAUACAAGAUUGUUUGUCACUUAAGACGGUUGCGAACUGAAGAUCUUAAAGCUAAGAAAAAAUUUCCAUGGUCGAUACUUAAGUUAUCAUAUUUAAAAAGGAAGACCGGUGGUAAGGCUAGAGCUAAGGCCAAGACUCGUUCAUCUCGUGCCGGACUUCAGUUCCCCGUGGGCCGUGUUCACAGACUGCUACGUAAGGGUAAUUACGCCGAGCGUGUGGGAGCUGGAGCUCCUGUCUACUUGGCUGCCGUGCUGGAGUAUCUGACCGCUGAGAUCCUCGAGUUGGCUGGUAACGCCGCCAGAGAUAACAAGAAGUCUCGUAUCAUCCCUCGUCAUCUGCAGUUGGCCGUGCGUAACGACGAGGAGUUGAACAGACUGCUUGGAGGUGUAACCAUCGCUCAGGGCGGUGUGCUGCCUAACAUCCAGGCUGUUCUGUUGCCCAAGAAGACCGAGAAACCAUCCAAGGCCAAGUAAAGUCGCUCUCGUGUUAUAAC